AUGGGAUUGUAUGUUGGUAAGUUCCUGUGUUUGAAGGCCAGAAAAAUGGUGUUGAAAAAGAUAAUGGGUGAUCAUGUUGCUGAGUUUAGUAGAAUCUAUGACUACAGAGAUAUGCUUCUUGAAUCAAAUACAGGAAGCACUUGUGUGGUGAAAGUGACAAAUUCUUUGAAAAAAAGAUUCAUUGAGGGUUGUAGAAAGUGCAUUGGGUUAGAUGGUUGCUUUUUUAAGGGAAUAUCUAAAGGCCAACUACUUGAUGCUAUUGCAAAGGAUGGGAAUAAUCAGAUGUUCCCAAUAGCAUGGGCUGUUGUUGGAACUGAAAGUAGAGAAACUUGGACUUGGUUUUUGAGAAUCUUGAAAUCUGAUUCGGACAUUAAUGAUGAAGGAGAAGGAUUGACUAUCAUAAGUGAUAUGCAAAAGGGAUUAUAUUUAGCUGUUCAGGAGUUGCUUCCAGAAUGUGAACAAAGAAUGUGUGCAAGACAUAUACUUGCAAACUGGUCAAAAAACUGGAAAGGUGUUGAGGAAAGAAAGAGAUUUUGGGCUUGUGCUAGAUCAACAUUUGAAGCUGAACUCAGGAAGAACUUGGAUAAAUUAGCACAAAUAGGCAGAGAUAUUUAUAAUGACUUGGCAAACUUCAAUCCUAAUAGAUGGUCCAAAGCACAGUUUAGGACAUCCUCAAAAUGUGACAGUGUGGAUAACAAUAUGGCUGGAAGUUUUAAUGCUUGGGUGUUGGGUACUAGGCACAAGACUAUCAUCAGUAUGCUUGAAGAAAUAAGGAAAAAGGUAAUGAAUAGAUUCACUAAAGUGAUAACAUUUGUAAAUAGUUGGACUCAUGACAUUUCUCCAAUGGCAAUGUUGGUGCUAAAUACAAAUGUGAAGAAGUCAAUGAGGGUGGAAAUUAGUUGGAAUGGUGACAUUGGGUAUGAAAUGAAAGAUAAAGUUGGGGAUUGA